ACAUUUCAACUUUUAGGUGUUGCUUCUGUAACAUACAAUGGAUUGCAUUCUUGUGGACUUAAGCUUUCUUUUGAAUUGAAUUGAAAUAUUUAUUUCAAACCUGCACAGUACAACUAAAGAGUUUUUGUUUUUUUUACAUGUUGGCAAAGAUAUUUAUGCGAGGCUUUUCAUGCAAUAAUAUCAAACAACAAUACAAAAUCGUAUCUUGUAUUGUCAUUUGGACUUAGCGACGUCUAUGUGUGUUUUUUUCUAGGAGCUUUACUACACAAAAAUGCAAAGCAGACAAAAGCUGAAGAAGGAGAAGAUGGACGAACAAAAUCAGAGUAAGAAAAGGCUGAGGGUGUGUGUGGCAACCUGCAACAGAGCAGACUACUCAAAGCUGGCUCCCAUCAUGUUUGGGAUGAAAUCCCACCCUGAUGACUUUGACCUGGAUGUCGUUGUGCUUGGGUCACAUCUCAUUGAUGACUACGGGAACACUUUUCGUAUGAUUGAGCAGGAUGACUUUGACAUCAGCUCCAAACUGCACACAAUCGUGAGAGGAGAGGAUGAGGCAGCCAUGGUAGAGAGUGUCGGGUUGGCGCUGGUCAAACUUCCGGAUGUCCUACAGAGACUGCGGCCAGAUAUCCUCAUUGUCCACGGAGAUCGUUUUGAUGCACUGGCUCUUGCAACUUCUGCAGCGCUGAUGAACAUUCGAAUACUUCAUCUGGAGGGAGGAGAGGUAAGCGGCACAAUUGAUGACUCAAUCCGCCACGCCAUCAGUAAACUGGCCCACUUUCAUGCCUGCUGCACACGACGAGCAGAGCAGCACCUCAUCUCAAUGUGUGAAGACCACUCUCGGAUAUUGCUGGCCGGCUGCCCUUCCUACGAUAAGCUGCUUUCUCCUCAUUACCAGGAAGACUAUAUGGAUAUCAUUAAGAGCUGGCUGGGCGACAAUGUGCAGGAUCAUGACUACGUUGUGGCUUUGCAGCACCCAGUCACCACUGAUAUCCAGCACUCCAUUAAGAUUUAUGGACUCAUGUUGGAUGCGCUUGUCUCCUUCAACAAAAAGACCCUCAUCCUUUUCCCCAACAUUGAUGCUGGAAGUAAGGAGAUGGUGCGGGUAAUGAGAAAAAAGGGCAUCGAGCAGCAUCCCAACUUCCGGGCAGUGAAGCACAUUCCCUUUGAGCAGUUCAUUCAGAUGGUGUGCCACGCCGGCUGCAUGAUUGGAAACAGUAGCUGUGGAGUACGAGAGGCCGGGGCUUUUGGCACGCCAGUCAUCAACCUGGGAACGAGGCAAACAGGCAGAGAAACAGGUGAAAACGUUCUCCAUGUGAGAGAUGCCGACUCUCAUAAUAAGAUCUACCACGCUCUCCAGUUGCAGUUUGGAAAGCGAUAUCCCUGGUAAACACUACUCAUCACCUUUUCAUUUGACCUCCCUAUGAAACGAUUUGUAUCAAUAAGUCAUUUA